AUGGAAGUAAACACGCUUCCAGAAUUCAUGGUGGCUUCUUCACCUAUGUCUCAGAUUAGGAAUAGCAGUACUCAGGAUCAAGCCAGAGAAAAGUCUCAAACAAUGGAUAUGGAUUUAAUGUUAGCAAAAAUUGAUGCAAUGUUAGCUGAAAUUUGGAAAUAG